UCUACUACGCACACACGGGCUGUUCACCUAGAUAUCGUGAAAGUACGGUUCUCCUCGACUUGAGUCAGGCAGCGCAUCACUAGCAGUGUCAGGGUUAGUUUUUGAAGACAAGCAGGAAAUUAAAUAGCUCAAUAGACUAAGUUAUAUACAUAGACAUACGGAACUCAUGUAUUAAGUUACUAGCUAACUGUCAAGGGCUAUUUAGAUUCUACAUCCCGCGCGCGCCGAAUCUAGUGGUUAGGGCGGGCUGCAUAGACUUGAAGAAGGUUAAAAGCCGAUUUUCAUCUUUAACGUCAUUGUUGCUGUGUGUGGAUGUUCCUUCAUUCACCUACCGUGGCUGUAUCACAAUGGGCGUUUUGACAAGCUGUUUAAUUCACCGAAGCCAGACGAAUUGUAGCAAAACUAGUCUUCUGAGAGGAUAGCAAUAGCUCCACCCACUCUCCACCUAGUUCCCUUUAACUUGUAGCUGUUCCUAGAAGAGCAAGUCAGUUUUUACUUGCAGUUUCUGAGCACUAGUAGCGAAAGGGUGUAGGUUGGUCUGGGGGCUAAAGCAAGAAAUAUCACUUAUAACACUAGUACCUCAAUUCUAAGUUAUUCCAGUUUGCUGCUGUGGAAAAAGAUUGCCUACCAAAUCUAGUAGACAUUCCCUGUAAGAUUGUGAAAUCAUUAAACUUGUAUCUUGAAGGAGAAAAUUUAAAAACCUUGCACAAUGGUUUCGCCAACUAUCACCUCAGUUGCCCUGGUGACCAUGGCAGUGGCCAGUCAAGCAGGAGUGGAGGGCUACCUCUGGCUGCUUAUAUUAGGCUUCGUCAUUGCCUUCGUCCUCGCCUUCUCGGUGGGUGCCAAUGACGUGGCCAACUCCUUCGGCACGGCGGUGGGGUCCGGGGUCGUGACCUUGAGGCAGGCCUGCAUCUUGGCCACUGUGUUCGAGACGCUCGGCUCGGUGCUCCUGGGAGCGAAGGUCAGCGAGACAAUCCGCAAGGGCAUCAUCGAUGUGAACAUGUACAACGGCUCUGAACACGUGCUUAUGGCUGGAUCUGUCAGUUCCAUGUUCGGUUCUGCAGUGUGGCAGCUGCUGGCCUCGUUCCUCAAGCUGCCCAUAUCUGGAACCCACUGCAUUGUGGGUGCGACCAUCGGCUUCACAUUGGUGGCCAAGGGUCAAGAAGGGGUCAGAUGGAUCGAGCUCUUGCGUAUUGUUGCUUCCUGGUUUCUCUCGCCACUUCUCUCUGGCAUCAUGUCGGGCGUUCUCUUCUACUUUGUCCGCAUGUUCAUCCUGCACAAGAAAGACCCGGUGCCCAAUGGCCUGAAGGCUCUGCCUGUGUUCUACGCGGUCACCAUGGGGAUCAACCUGUUCUCAAUCAUGUUCACUGGAGCCCCGAUGCUGGGUUUCGAUAAGAUUCCAUGGUGGGGCACGCUGCUCAUCUCCAUCGGCUUCGCCAUCCUGACGGCCCUCUUCGUCUGGUUCGUUGUUUGUCCUCGCCUCAGGAAGAAGAUUGACCGGGAGAACAAGUCCUCCAGCCCGUCUGAGAGUCCCCUGAUGGAGAAGCGUGAGCUGGCCACGUGCCCCAUCCUGAAGGCCGUGCCCGAGGAGCCCCCCACAGCCCCCGCCACCCCCGUUCAGGCUCCGCCCCCGGCUGAGGAGCGCCGCGUCACCUUCAACAUCGGAGACUCGGACGACCCCGACUACAAAGACAAAGACGUGGAGACCAACGCCAACAACAUCCAAAAGACGGUUCACGUCCAGUUCAACAACAGCUCCGGUCCGACGCACAUCCCCAGCAACGGCUACAGCCAGUACCACACGGUGCACAAGGACUCUGGCCUCUACAAGGACCUGCUGCACAAGCUGCACCUGGCCAAGGUGGGCGACUGCAUGGGGGAGGCGGGCGAGCGGCCCAUCCGCCGCAACAACAGCUACACCUCCUACACCAUGACCAUCAUCGGCAUGCACAGCGAGUUCAAGCUCCGCGAGGGCGACUUCAAGUCGGCGGCCACCGGCGAGGAGAGCAGCGGCGGCGGAGGCGCCGGCGGCGACAGCAACAACAAGGCCGGCGGCGUGGGCGCGGGCCCGGAGCGCAAGCGCGUGCGCAUGGACAGCUACACGAGCUACUGCAACGCGGUGGCGGAGCACGGCGCGCCGCCCGAGGAGCUGAGCGAGGGCGACGUGGCGCUCACGCUGCCCGAGGAGGAGGAGGAGGACGCCGGCAGCAGCCGCAGCUCGCUGGAGGAGCCCGAGGCCGACCGGCCCGAGGUGUCCACGCUCUUCCAGUUCCUGCAGAUCCUCACCGCCUGCUUCGGCUCCUUCGCUCACGGAGGCAAUGACGUCAGUAAUGCAAUCGGUCCCCUGGUGGCGCUGUGGCUGGUGUAUGAGAGUGGCUCUGUCGUGUCCAACAACCCCACCCCCAUCUGGCUGCUGCUGUACGGAGGAGUGGGCAUCUGCUUGGGACUCUGGGUGUGGGGCCGACGGGUCAUCCAGACCAUGGGCAAAGACCUCACUCCGAUCACCCCUUCCAGUGGUUUCAGUAUUGAGCUUGCUUCAGCCGUCACUGUGGUCGUUGCCUCCAACAUCGGUCUGCCUGUUUCUACUACCCACUGCAAGGUGGGAUCCGUGGUGGCGGUCGGCUGGCUUCGCUCACGCAAAGCGGUGGACUGGCGCCUGUUCCGCAACAUCUUCAUGGCGUGGUUCGUGACCGUGCCCAUCUCUGGUCUCAUCAGUGCUGCCAUCAUGGCCCUCUUCACCUAUGUCAUCCUGUGAGACCAUCGGCAAUCCCCCUGCCCCCCCCCCUCCACCCUUCCCUAAAAGCCCCCCUAGGCCCCCCCACCCCCAUCAGGAGGAGAGAAGUGGGGGACCAAGCCACCCACAGCGAGAGUGGUGUGAGGAGUGAGAGAAAAGGGAGAAGUGAGGAGUGGUAUGGCGUGGUGGAGUGAGGCAAAGCUUUGUGCCCCCCAUUAUAUAUUUUGGAGAGGGUGAUUGAGGAGGGAGAAGAAAAAAACAAACAAAACAAACGGGGUAAAACAAAAAAAAGAAAACCCUUUUGACGGAGCCCCUGGGGUUCCUGGCUGCAGCAUUCCCUGUUGGCACACAGUCGGCAGUUCUGAGCACGCUCAGUUUGCCCGCCAGGGCCGAUGUGCCAUGGGAACCGUUCUUUUUCAGCUUUCUGUUUCUUUUCUUUUGCCAUCUUUCUGUAGACUUGGCUGUAUCGUUGCCAUCUCAAUGCCCAUUCAUUGUACAUAGCUUAUCUUUACAAAAAAAAAAAAAAGGAAGACAAUUGAUUCAUUUUUAUAUUGUAAUUAUGUACAUAUAUUUUUUUUUCUUAUUUUCCUUUUUUUACUGAUAAGUUUGACAACCACAUGAACAAUUUCAAUGCAGUAUUAGCCUUCACUGAUGGAGACACAUUGGCCCACAGGCAUAGGGGAGCAGUAUUUGGGUUUCGCAAAAACAAAAACGAGGUAGUUUACAGCAACUGGGCUUUUUACGUACAGUGGAGCGCAACACAGUGCAGUUUGUUUGUGUGUGUGGGUGAUGGUGGUGGUGGUGGUGGUAGAGGAAGGAGGUUCUACGAGCAAAAUCUAGCAGAAAAGUCUCAUUGGGUCUGUGCAGACGAAACCAGCACUGCGCAUCUAGAAGAAAUUUGGGUCGCAAAACAACAGUACUGUCAAGGGUCGCACUGGUUGUGGAGAGACGAGACUUUGUGUCUCUCUGACUGCGCUGAUCUUGUUCAACUGAUAACACUACAAUGCAACAGCGCUAGGCCUAGACCUAGACUUCUCUACCAAUCUCACACUGGGAAUGGUAUCCAUCUUAUGUGUUAUUCAGUAAUACUCUACGCAAGUUAGAAAAAAACAAUGCAAAUGAAAUGCUUUAAUUACUGUAAUCGAUGCAUCUAAAGCAGCAAGAGACUUGUAAAAGAGCUUGUUACUCUGAAGUAUAUCUUAAAAUCAUUUAACCAAAUUUAACCCACCAUUUCUAAAAGCCUAAGGUAGAAACUUGCUAGUCAUGCUAUAGUCUAGUAAGGCUUAACCGCACAGUUUGGCUUUGUGCGUGUGUGUGAGAGAGAGCGAGAACACUUGAACUUGGGUGGGCAGGAUUAGGCCUUUUUGUGUGUGUUUUUUUCUUCUGUUGCCAUAACGCAGUUUUCAAUAAGAACAGGGUGUUACUAGGAUACUGGACCUCUCGUAUUACCAUUCUAAUGCUGUGAUGGUUGUAUAGAUUUCUUUCUUCUCACCUCUGCGAUAGUGGAGGGGAUUGGAGAUUAUUCUGUUUUCUCUUACUUGCCUCCAGUUUGUGUUGUACAGUGUAAACUUUGGAAGCAAGAUAAUAAGAUAGGUAUGAUGAUACACCAACAAAAACCUCAGUAGAUCUGGAGAAUAACACAGUAUUGAGGACUUGCAGUGGCACAGAGUAACUGCUGGCUAUAUCCCUCACCCGUCUCUAAAUUUGUAUAUCAGUUUACCAAAACACAUUUGAAAAUCUUGAAACAUACUCAUGAAAGUGGAGAGAAGAGAUCAAUGCUGGAACACAAUAUACAUAUUGUAAAACUAUUUUUAAUUCUUAAAACCAUUCUCUUUUUUUGUUUGUUUGUUUGUUUUUAUUUCCUGUAAAACUUGACUGUGUCUGACACGUUGUGAAGACAGUGUAAUGUAUAUCCGCUCUGCUCGGCCUUUCUAGUAGCCCUGCUGCUGCAUUGCAGCUUCUGCGCUUGGAAAAGAGAAGGAAAAAAAGAAAAAAAAAAACUGACAAAGCUCUUUACUAUUCUCAGUGGAACACACUCAAAAACACAUACACGCGCAGACCCACACAGAGGUGUUUACACGCAUGCACUCACGCAUACUGUAUAUACAAACACACACACACACACACUCACACACAGACAUACACGCGCAUACGCAUGCAUGAACACAUGCUGGUUCUCUGUGUUGCCAAGCCCCCCUCCUGCGUGCAGGCAAUUGAACAAGCGGCGUCCGCUCGAGUCGGAUGUGUGUGUGUGCGUGUGUGUGCGUGUCAUCUGCAGUGGACCGCGCUAGACGGAGGGGGUUGCUGCGUCACAGGCACCUCACAACUGCUGGCAGUGCGCAGGCUGUAUUACAUAAUACAUCUAGGCCCUAGAGUUCAUGUAGAUGCCUUAAUUUUUUUUAGGUACCAAAGAAAAUAUUUUGAGGAUGUGUGCGUUUGUGUGUGUGUGUGAGUGAGGUGAGUGAGUGUUGUACCCAAGAUACACCGUUUGUGUUUCUUUUUCUUUCUUUUUUUUAAGUCAUUUGUGACUGGACUUUGAAAGACAAAAAAUAAUAAAAUGAGAAUAAAAAUGGUAAAAUUAA